AUGAUUCCUCUCUUCAACAAAGUGCUUCCUCUCUUGAUCAAGAUGCUUCCUCUCUUCAUCAAGAUGCUUCCUCUCUUCUUCAAAGUACUUCCUCUCUUGAUCAAGGUGCUUCCUCUCUUCAUCAAUAUGCUUCCUCUCUUCAACAAUGUACUUCCUCUCUUCAUCAAGGUGCUUCCUCUCUUCAUCAAAGUACUUCCUCUCUUGAUCAAGAUGCUUCCUCUCUUCAUCAUAGCUUCCUCUCUAU